CAUCCCAAGCUACUCCAAUUCGUUCACUGUUUAACACAUUAAUUAUCGCGUUUUGCUUAAUUAGUUCUUUCAACAUGGCCAAAGGAAAUUCUCCCCUUGAGAGACCUAGGGCUAGCUUUGCUUCACUCGAUCAAAAAUUGGCCUUAGCUAAGCGCUGUUCUCAUGAGGGUGUAGUAGCUGGAGCAAAGGCAGCAGUUGUUGCCAGUGUUGCCUCUGCCAUUCCAACUCUGGCUACUGUGAGGAUGCUGCCUUGGGCAAGAGCCAAUCUCAAUCACACUGCUCAAGCUCUCAUCAUUUCCACAGUGACGGCUGCAGCAUAUUUCAUAGUUGCUGACAAGACUGUUUUAGCAACUGCAAGGAAGAACUCAUUCAAGCAACCCUCCAAUUCUGAAGCAUAAAUCCAAAUGAAUUAAUAGCAUAUAUGGAUAUUGUAUUCGAUUAUGGCACAUUAUCCAAAUGCCAAUCCAUCACGUUGGUGUUAUUUAUCUAAUAAAUAAAGAGACAUGUUCAUAUUUUUAUAUUUAUGAACCA